AUGUCCUUGAACGUUCUUGUCGUCGGUAACGGUGGUAGAGAACACGCCAUCACCUGGAGAUUGGCCCAAUCCCCCUUGGUCCUGAAGAUUUACGUGGCGCCAGGUAAUGGUGGUACCUCUACCGCUGACGAUAAGGUGGUCAAUGUUCCUGACUUGUCUGGUUCUCCUAAGCACUUUGACAGGCUUCAAAAGUUCGCUUUGGAAAAGAACAUUGGCCUUGUUGUUCCAGGGCCUGAGCAGCCUUUGGUGGAUGGAAUCACUUCCGUGUUCACCAAAGUAGGCAUCCCAGUGUUUGGUCCUAGUGCUAAGGCAGCCACCAUGGAGGGUUCCAAGGCGUUCUCAAAGCUGUUCAUGGCGAAACACAACAUCCCAACUGCUCAGUUUAAAAACUUCACCGACGUGGAGGCCGCCCGAAAACACAUUCAGGAAGUCGACUACAAGAUUGUGUUGAAGGCAGAUGGUAUCGCUGCUGGUAAAGGUGUUUUGAUUCCGGAGACCAAGGAAGAGACAUUUGCUGGCCUUGAUGAGAUUAUGGUGGCUAAGAACUUUGGUUCCGCAGGUGACGAGAUUGUCAUUGAGGAGUACCUUGAAGGUGACGAGUUGUCGAUCUUGACUAUCACCGAUGGUUACUCUUUCUUCAACUUGCCUACUUCGCAAGACCACAAGAGAGCUGGCAACGGUGACACUGGUCUUAACACAGGUGGUAUGGGCGCUUACGCUCCUGCGCCAAUAGCGACUCCUCAAGUGUUGAGCAAGAUCGACGAGCAGAUCAUCAAGCCUACCAUUGAUGGUAUGAGAAAGGAUGGCUUCCCUAUGUGUGGUGUUUUGUUCACUGGUAUCAUGUUGACCCCAUCCAAGGAGCCUAAGGUAUUGGAGUACAACGUCAGAUUCGGUGAUCCAGAGACUCAAACUGUGUUGCCUUUGUUGACUGCUGACACUGACUUAGCAGAGGUCAUGUUGGCAGCUGCUGAACAUAGAUUAGACUCUGUCACCAUCAAGACCAAGCCAAACACUUACUCUACUACCGUGGUUAUGGCUGCUGGCGGUUACCCAGAGGCUUAUGGAAAGGGUGAUGAGAUCACUAUCAAGGACACGCCAGCCGACACCUACAUCUUCCACGCCGGUACUGCUGAGAAGGAUGGCAAGAUUGUCACUUCUGGUGGUAGGGUUAUUGCUGCUACUGCAACUGCCUCUACUUUAAGAGAAUCUGUGGACAAGGCUUACGUUGGUGUUGACCUUGUAUCCUUCAACAAGAAAUACAAUAGAACUGACAUUGCUCACCGUGCUUUUAGAGAUGCUGAUAGCACUGCUAGCGGAGCUACUUACGCUGAGGCUGGUGUCUCUGUCGACAAUGGCAACUUGUUGGUUGAGCAGAUCAAGGCCAAAGUGAAGUCUACCAAGAGAUCGGGAGCAGACUCCGAUAUCGGUGGUUUUGGUGGCUUGUUCGACUUGAAGGCUGCUGGUUUCGCUGGAGAAGACACUUUGUUGGUUGCCGCCACUGAUGGUGUUGGUACUAAGUUGAGAAUUGCUCAGAUCAUGGACAUUCACGACACUGUGGGAAUUGAUUUGGUUGCCAUGAACGUCAACGACUUGGUGGUGCAGGGUGCUGAGCCUUUGUUCUUCCUUGACUACUUUGCAACUGGUAAACUUGACGUUGAAGUUGCAGCCAAAUUUGUCAGUGGGGUCGCUGAUGGAUGUAUAACUGCUGGCUGUGCUUUGGUUGGUGGUGAGACCAGUGAGAUGCCUGGCAUGUACGAUGUCGGUCAUUACGAUACCAACGGUACUGCCGUUGGUGCCGUCCGCAAGGACAAGAUAUUGCCAAAAAUUUCUGCUAUGAAGCAAGGCGAUGUUUUGAUUGGUUUGAAAUCUGAUGGUGUUCACUCCAAUGGAUUCUCGCUCGUUCGUCACAUCAUCAAUAAGGCUGGCCUCAAGUACACAAGCAAGGCACCAUGGAACGAAAAGAAGACUAUUGGAGAGGAGCUUUUGGUGCCUACCAAGAUCUACGUCAAACAAUUGUUGCCCUCGAUUCAAAAGGAUUUGCUUCUUGGAAUGGCGCACAUCACCGGUGGUGGUUUGGUGGAGAACAUCCCUCGUGCCUUGCCCAAGCACUUGCAAGCUCAGGUUGACAUGGCCAAAUGGGAGGUGCCAGAGAUCUUUAAGUGGUUUGGCAAGACCGGAAAGGUCCCUUAUGAAGAUUUGUUGAAGACUUUCAACCUUGGUAUUGGUAUGGUUGUCAUUGUUGAGCAACAAAAGGCCAAUGCAGUGCUCAGCGAGCUCAAGAGUGCUGGUGAGGACGCUCUUGUCAUUGGUGAGUUGGUGGUUCGUGAAGAGGGAGCUGCCGGCUGUGUUGUCAACAACAUUGGCGAGCUCUACUAG